CGCCGCCGCGGCUCAGUGCGCACCGGGUAGCGCGAGCGCGCGGCUACGAUGCGUUUCUCCGGCGGUCCGACUGAGAAGAGGCAGCAUCAGAACCGAACCCGGAACGGCAGAAGCUCCGGUACCGCAGCAGGAUGCCCGGCGGGAAGAGGGGGCUGGUGGCGCCGCAGAACACCUUCCUGGAGAACAUCGUCCGGCGCUCGAGCGGAUGGACCAAGUUUGCACGCCUCACACGAGCGCUCACCAACAACCGCAACACCAUGCAGCAGCUGGCGCCCAUGGGCAAACAUGAAGUCAGCCAUAAACAGUCCAGACUUGCUGAGGUUCUGCAGCUCAACUCGGACAUCCUGCCACAGUACAAACAGGAAGCACCUAAAACCCCGCCUCACAUCAUCCUGCACUACUGCACCUUCAAGACCACCUGGGACUGGGUCAUCCUCAUCCUGACCUUCUACACGGCCAUCAUGGUUCCCUACAACGUGUCCUUCAAGACCAAGCAGAACAACAUCGUGUGGCUGGUGCUGGACAGCGUGGUGGACGUCAUCUUCCUGGUGGACAUCGUCCUCAAUUUCCACACCACCUUCGUGGGGCCUGGUGGAGAGGUGAUCUCUGACCCCAAACUGAUCCGCAUGAACUACCUGAAGACCUGGUUCGUCAUUGACCUGCUGUCCUGCCUGCCUUAUGACAUCAUCAACGCCUUCGAGAACGUGGACGAGGGCAUAAGCAGCUUGUUCAGCUCUCUGAAGGUGGUCCGUCUGCUCCGUUUGGGCCGGGUCGCCAGGAAACUGGACCACUACCUGGAGUACGGUGCAGCGGUUCUGGUCCUGUUGGUGUGUGUGUUUGGACUGGUGGCCCACUGGRUGGCCUGUAUCUGGUACAGCAUUGGAGACUAUGAGGUCAUCGAUGAAGCCACCAACAGUGUUAAAAUGGACAGCUGGCUGUACCAGCUGGCCCUCAGCAUGGGCUCACCUUACAGGUACAACAGCAGCGGCUCGGGCCAGUGGGAGGGCGGGCCAGGGAAGGACUCUCUGUACAUCACUUCUCUGUACUUCACCAUGACCAGCCUGACCACCAUCGGCUUCGGGAACAUCGCCCCCACCACAGACGGAGAGAAGAUCUUCUCUGUGGCCAUGAUGAUGGUGGGAUCUCUUCUUUAUGCCACCAUCUUUGGAAACGUCACGACCAUCUUCCAGCAGAUGUAUGCCAACACCAACCGCUACCACGAGAUGCUCAACAACGUCCGGGACUUCCUGAAGCUGUACCAGGUUCCUAAGGGACUGAGCGAGCGAGUCAUGGACUACAUCGUCUCCACCUGGUCCAUGUCCAAAGGCAUUGACACAGAGAAGGUCUUGUCCAUAUGUCCCAAAGACAUGCGAGCAGACAUCUGUGUCCAUCUCAACAGGAAGGUGUUUAAUGAACAUCCAGCCUUCAGGUUGGCCAGUGAUGGCUGCCUGCGCUCCCUGGCGGUGGAGUUCCAGACCACCCACUGUGCUCCAGGAGACCUGAUCUACCACUCCGGGGAGAGCGUCGACACCCUCUGCUUCGUGGUGUCGGGGUCUCUGGAGGUCAUUCAGGACGAUGAAGUCAUCGCCAUCCUGGGUAAAGGUGACGUGUUCGGAGACGUGUUCUGGAAAGAAAGCACGUUAGCUCACGCCUGCGCCAACGUGCGAGCGCUGACUUACUGCGACCUGCACGUCAUCAGUAGGGAUGCCUUGCUCAAAGUCUUGGAGUUUUACUCGGCCUUCGCCAACUCCUUCUCCCGCAACCUGGUCCUCACCUGCAACCUGCGCAAACGGAUUAUUUUCCGUAAAAUCAGCGAUCAGAAGAAGGAGGAAGAGGAGCGAGAGCGAGCGAAGAACGAGGUGCAGAUCACCAUCCCUCAGGACCACCCGGUCCGGAAACUCUUCCAGAAGUUCAAGCAGCAGAAGGAGCUGCGCAGCCAGGGUGCUGCAGCUGCUUCUCAGCCGGAMCUGGAGAAGAACCAGCAGAACCAGCAGCACCCCCAGACUCUGCAGCUGGGUCCCUCUGGCCCCCACAAACCCCAUGGGUCCCUUCAGAACGGGGCCGUGCCCAGCAGCAGUGUUCUGACCGUGUCACAGAUCACUCCCCUGCAGGGUUCUCCGGUCUACAGCCAAGCCUCUGAGAGUCCUGCCCCGCAGAGCAGCUGUGACCUGAUGGAGCUGCAGCCCAGUCCAGAUCCCAUCAGAACCAAGCCCAGCACCAGUCCUGGCAUGGAGACACCUGCGGUCAGGCCCAGCGGAUGGAUGCGCCUGAAAAGCAACAUGGUUCCAGUGGAGAGGAGGAGGGAGGGGCUCACCGCCAGCGUGAAGGCCGUCUCUGUGGAGAUGCUGUCUCAGGAGGUCAAAGGUCACGCUGCAGGGGGGCUGAGCAGUGUCGGAGAGGCGGGAGGCAACAACCCGCUCCGGAAAACCGACUCGUGCGACAGCGGCAUCACUAAAAGUGAGUUACGGAUCGACCGGGCCGGUGAGGCGCGGACACCUGCUGCCGUCACCCCCCUCCCUGGAGGGGCGGAGUCUCCUCAGCCCUUCUGCUCCAUGUCGGAGCAGGCCCUACAGGCGGCGCUGCUUGAGACCCGGCUGGAGCUCCAGGRAGACAUCCAGACUCUGGGGGGUCGUAUAGGGGUCCUGGAGAGUCAAGUAGCUGAAAUCCUUAAACUGCUGUCAGACCCAAGACCUCCUCCUACGAAGGCUCCGCCCACCUCCACCACACCCAAAAYCAAAAUACAGCGCCAGGACAUUUUCACCGUAUCCAGACCCGUUUCCCCCGACACAGACAAAGGUGAUGGGCUUUGAAGGGACCAGAACAACGGGUGUACAGACCCAGCUGCAGGUUCCUGUCAGAUUGUAUCAGAACCACCACUGGCUUUAAAACACAGACUAACAUUUGCACACUAAUUUACCUCCAGUCCACCUGGAGCUCCACCCUCCUGUGGUUCUGGCCCGGUUUGAUUGUACAUACCUCUCUAUGCAUGUCCAGCUGGACUCUGGUCUGCCAAAGAAACCGAUGAGUCAAGUGUUUCCUGUAAAUGAUGCAGUCGACUGCAUGCUAACUGAAUAUAAACUUUUAUUGAUSUCAAGUCAACGUUUGAACAGUUCUCCUGAAGAAUUGAUCCUGUGGACGUCCAGGCUUCGCCUUCUGGGCUCUGCAGACACUGAACACCAGAACAGGGUUUACCAGCACACAGACGGAGAUGCACAGUUUGGUUGUUUGACCUUUGACCUCUAUACUGGGUUCCUACACAGGCUUAAAGUCUGAAAAUGUUCUUUGUUCCAGUAAGUAUAAAAUAAAGAUAAUGUAGGAUGGAAAGGAUUUUAUUAGUAGACUUUGUCCCCCCUGAGACCCAUGUCCUCACGUAGACACGWCUUUUCUGCGUCAGAUUUAUUGUUUUAUUGAAAUUAGAGCUCAAAGUGAGGAAAACGUGCCGUUGUUCUAACCUGUUCCUGAAACAUUUUCUCUUCUAUGUUUUGUUCUAAAGAACAGCAGAGGGUUUCCUGUUGCUUCCAGUAACAGUCCCUCCUCCCUGAGAACAGACUGGAUCUGUUCUGGUCCUCAGAACCACAGAUCCGUUUCACUUGUCCAGCUCGGCCUUUGAUUGGCUCCAUGUGUUUAACUUUCAUCCAAUCACCAUUCCUGCUGAGUCACCUGGUUCCCUACAUUUGAUCCAGUCAGAAGCAGAGCAGAACCAGUCAUGACUUCCUGUUUCCAGCUGGUGUCUUCUGGGUAAUGUUGUUUAUAAGAAUCAGCUGUAGCUCACACAUGACGACACCAACAACAAAACAUUUCCUGUGUAGUUACAACAAACGGUUGUGUUGUUGUGUAAACUUUACACAUUUGAGAUUCCACAAAAUCAGUUUGACCAAUUAGAAAAUCAGACUUUUCAAACAGARCCUGUGCAGGAACCCAGUGUGUAAAGACAGAAUUAAGUGUUUUUGUUGUUUU